AUGAAGAUCAACGUUCAACCCAUUGUCAACAGCAAGAUUAUCCGCAAGAGCAUCAUUGGAGGCCAACGUCAUGUACUCAACGGUCCCUUUGGCCCCAAACCAAUUGUCUAUGCUGACUCCACUGCAAGUGGACGGUCCUUGUCCCUCAUUGAAGAUUACAUCCAAGAGUGUGUUUUGCCUUUCUAUGCUAACACGCACACCGAAGCAUCUGAGACUGGAUUGCAGACUACCACCUAUCGUGAAGAUGCUCGCGGUGCCAUUCGAGAAGCCUGUAAUGCCCCCCAGGAUGAGUAUGCUGUCAUCUUCUGUGGAUCUGGAUCCACUGCUGCCAUGAACAAGCUGGCUGCUGUCAUGGGGAUUUCACCUCUUGCUGCUUCCAUAGAGGAACCUUCCCAGCGUGGGGUUGUCUUCAUCUCCGCACAAGAGCACCAUUCGAAUGAACUGCUCUGGCGUGAAUGUGGCAAUGUUGACUGUGUUGUCAUCCCUCAAGAUCCCAGCACAGGCUUGUUGGAUGAACAGGAACUUGUCCAGCAGCUUAUUCUCUACAAAGAUCGUCCCCUCAAACUUGCCUCUUUCUCAGCGGCAUCGAAUGUGACAGGAAUCCGAUGCGAUACCAAGACUGUGACGAAGUUGGUUCAUGAGCAUGGAGCACUGGCUGUUUGGGACUUUGCUGCUGCAGGACCUCAUGUGGUUAUUGAUCUCCAAGAACAUGAUAUAGAUGGAGUCUAUCUAUCUCCCCACAAGUUUGUUGGAGGGCCAGGAACUCCAGGAGUCCUGAUUGCCCGUCGUUCCCUCUUCACCAACGCUGUCCCUACCAUUCCCAGUGGGGGGGUUAUCACCUUUGUUCAACCCCACCACCAGGAGUAUCUUGAUGACAUCGAGACUAGAGAAGAAGGUGGAACUCCACCCAUUGUUGAAUCAAUUCGUUGUGGAUUGGUCUUUGGGCUCCACCACAAAGUUGGUGGUGAUUGGAUUGAACAACACGAGAACUACUUUUUGCAGAAGGCAUUCAAGUCCUGGCAGCAGAACAGCAACAUUGUGCUUCUGGGAAGCACCAAUGCUAACCGAGUACCCAUUGUGUCCUUUCUGGUGAAAGCUCCUGGUACCAGUGGAAGUUUCAUUCACCACAACUUUGUUGUGGCCUUGCUCAAUGACCUCUUUGGUAUUCAGGCUCGUGGAGGUUGCAGCUGUGCCAUGCCCUAUGGACACCUAUUGUUGGAUAUUGAUAAUGUGAAAUCUGACAGGAUUUUGGUGCCAUGGAACCUCUUGGUGAUGCAAUCAAGCCUGGAUGGACUCGUCGGCCUUUGGAAGUACAUUAGCAGCAAGGAUGCUUACCAGCAACCCAAGCCUAGGCACUUGUGGGAUUUUGGUUCAGCCUACACCAAACCAGUAACUGUCACAAAGAAAGAUCUCAAGGCUUGCAUGGAGCAUGCCAAGAUGGUCCUAGAGAUGAGUACGGAUCCUAAGUUUCUGCCAGUCUCUGAUGCCUACCUGGCCCAAGGAUUUGAGCAAGAUGAAGUUCAGAAGAGCAAGGACUUGAUUUGGUUUGUUGUGGCCAAGAGCUGCGAGGAUGAUGACAGCCUCUCCUCUACUAAAGAUGUUUCUCUGUUUCACAGCCAGCUUCCAGUGGAAGAGUCGAUCGUCGUGAAGCCAGCUAGCAGCAAGAAGACUGGGCACAAGAAGUCAACCAAACAAGACAAGAAGCCACUCGGCUGGUUUCGAAGUGCCUUUGCCUCCAAAAAGAAGACCCAAACUCCUGACAUGUUGGCUGACCCGACAGAAAUGAUGUCGAUUGGGAUCUCCGAUGCAUCAGUGAAGGAGGAAGACAUUUGGGUUUAG